GACAAAACAUUGGAUCUUCACCGCAGCCUUCCGAGGAAAGGGACGACGGUAUGAAUUCGGAGAAGCAUUAUUGAAAAUAUAAGCUUACUACAUCAAUGCAAAAACACAAGCUGGCCUUCCCUUAUCGCCCGCCCCUUGCUGUCCUUGGAAGUUGAAGAAGACACCUCCAUUGUCAAGCACAGGUCAUGGUUUGUCCCUGUCUCACUCUAUGUGGAGGAAUUUUUGGUGGAUUUGGGACUGAUGUUUUGAAGGACUUAUAUAAAGAAUGCAAGUCCCAUGCAAGCAAUAUUAUAUUUCACAAAAAGAAAUUCAAGAAACUUAGUACAGAUCGAGGCUUUGAGGAGCACAAGGAAUGGUAUACAGCGAAGAGUAGAGGAAGGUGAGCAGAGAAGUGAAGAUAUUUAUGAUGAAGUCACCUUGUGGGUAAGUUAAGUGCAUGAACUUGAGGAACAAUAUAAUGAGAUUGAGAACCGGAUUGGAGAGGAUAUCAGAUGAUUUGGGAGGAGACUUCCUAAUUUGUCAUCCCACUAUAAGAUUGGAAAUGAGGCCACCGAGAUAGAAUCUGAUGCUAAGAAACUCCUGGACAAAAUGAAUUUCCAGAAUACUUUUCAUCCAUGGCACUCAGCGUCCAUUGUUCCCAUGCCCAUGGGAGACUUUAUGGCCUUUGGCUCCACAAGGGAUACCAUGGAUAAGGUGAUGAAUGCAUCAGCUGAUGACAAUGUGCACUCGAUUGGAAUAUAAUGGUAUGGGGGGAGUAGGCAAGACAACCUUGAUGGAAGAAUUGUGCAGAAGGCUGCAUGAAGAAUAAAAGUUUGAUGCUGUUGUAAAGGUGCUGGUAUCACAGAAUCCAACCAUAGCUCACAUCCAACAUGGCAUUGCUGAUCAGCUGGGCUUGCAAGACUUCGGUCCUGGUGAAACUGCGAUUAGUUUGCUGGCUAGUAGGAUGAAGAAGGAGAAUAAAAUUUUGAUCAUGCUGGAUGACAUAUGGGCUAGGUUGGAGCUACGAGAAGUUGGAAUUCCUUGUGGAGAAGAGCACACAGGCUGCAAAAUCAUACUAAGCUCUCGUAAACUUGACCUAUGCCAUGUUAAGGAAACUGAUGUCUCGGUGGAAGGUGCUGUCUUGUCUGAAGCAGAUUCAUGGGAACUUUUCAAAAGUAAGGCAGGAGAUGUUGCCAAGUCUCCUGAUAUAGAACAUGUUGCAAAAAUGGUCGCACAAGCAUGUGGUGGUUUGCCAUUGGCAGUUUUUGUGGUCGGAAGGGCAUUACAAGGAUACAAGGAGAAAGGUGCUUGGCACGAUGUGUUAUCGCAACUCAAGCAAUCCAUUCCUACAAACCUGGAAGGUGUGGAGGAACAACUGUUCAAAUCACUAGAACUGAGCUACAAACAACUGAAAACUGCUGAAUUGAAAGUGUUGUUUCUCUACUGCUGCCUGUUCCGUGAGGACUACGACAUCAGCAAGGAUGAAACAGUGCAUUUUUUGGUUGAGAAACUGAAGUCUUCUUGUUUAAUACUGAAUAGUUUGAAGUUGGGAUGUUUAAAGCUUCAUGACGUGGUGCAAGAUGUGGCUGUAUACAUUGCAUCCAAGGACAACAAACAUUUCCUUGUUAAAGCUGGACUGGGAAUGAGAGAUUGGCCAGAGGUUGAAAAUCUGGAAGCAUGCAAGAGAAUUUCGCUUAUGUACAAUGAUACACAUGUCAUUCCUGAACAUCCAAAUUGUUUCAGGCUGGUUUUUCUGUUGCUGAACAUGCACCCAAACACUAGUGGUGUACCAAGCAAAUUCAUUGAGACGAUGGCAGCACACAAUGUUCUUGAUCUGAGUGACACUGAUAUUGAAUCAUUACCCUCAUCAUUGAAGUGCUUAACAAAUCUAGGGACGCUUCAUCUAGACAGAUGUAGAAAGCUGAGGGAUAUUGGUUUGGUUGGGAAACUAAAGAACCUCAGAAUACUUGUCUUGCAGGACUGUCGUAGCCGUAAGUUGCCAGAUGAAAUAGUUACUUUGGUGACUCUAAAACUUUUGGAGAUUUCAGAUUGUUCUUUACUGGAGAUGCCAGGUAACUUGAUAUAUAAGCUGACUCGAUUGGAAGAAAUUUUGCAUGAAAGGUUACAAUGUGAGUGAGGCUCUGCUUAUGGAGGUUGCUUCUUUGUAUCGCUUGGUCAGACUUGAGCUGUUGUCAAGGAGGCCCAACAUUUUUCUCAACAUCUUGUUGUUCCUCAUAAUGUUUUGAAGGACUUGAGCCACUUCAUUAUUUAUAAUGUUCAUGACUGGGAAUCAAAGGCUUGUAUACACCAGAAAAACUUCUUUCUAAAGGGAGUGAGCUAAUCAAUGAAUUGGGCCAAGCAUUUUCUUAAAAGAACCGAGGAAUUAAGGCUAGAUGACUGCCACUGGGCUCUCACAGACUUGGCAGAGUUAGAUGGACAGUGUGGCUUUGCAUGUGUGAGGUAUGUGUUGUGAACUGCCAUCAAAUGCAGUGUGUUCUUAAGUCAACACAAUAUACUCCAUCAAACGCAUUUGGUGAACUUGAAAAGCUCUACCUUUGGAACAUGAAGCAUCUGGAACAGAUCUGCCAGGGGCAACUUCUGGCUCAAUAAUUUGGAAAAUUAAGAACUAUUGAUUUAAAAGGUUGCAAAAAGAUGAUUGUCAUAUUACCGCAAGAAUUACUUCAGAGAGUGCAUUCAAGUCUGGAAGAACUUGUUAAUGAUUUUGCUGGGCCGGAGGCAAUACUAAAUAUUGAAGGGCUUCCACAAGGAUCCAUUUUGCUGCCAAAUUUACGAACUGUAAAACUAUUGAACAUGCCCAAUUUAACCAGCUUCUGCACUGGAGCUGUUCCUCGUGGAAGCCUGCGGAACCUCACUCUGAUAGAAGUAGCUAGCUGCACGAAACUGUGCUCUCUGUUCUCACAGACAUUGAACUCAGCUUAUUUGAGAUUGCUACCAUCAGGUACUCUUACAAACUUGAAGAAACUAAAGGUGUCAAGGUAUCAGUAAAUUAAAAGUAACCAUGAGCUCCAACACUUAGAAAGAUUGGAGAUAAAAAAUAACCACUCAAUGAAGGUGAUUAUUCAGAGGAGAAUAGUGUUGUGUUAUAAAAGGAGGUUUUCCCCAUGCUAAGGAGUGUUCCUCACUGAGUUGCCCAAGCUGAGUUGUUUCUUACCAAAGAGAGCCAGGAGCCAGAACUUUGGAUUGACCAUCACUGAAAUAUUUGAAGCUGGAGGUUGUUCCGAAUGGAGGAGGCUCCCUAAUCCCUAUUGGCCUACAAAGUGCAAAAAUAGUUGAAAAAGGUGCAUGUUGUAGGACUUGAAAAUGCCGAAUGGUUCCACAACUUGGAAUGGGAAGAUAGAAGCAACUGUUCAUGCUUUGAAGUCAGCCAAUCCGAUGCUGAAGAUGGAUAGGUUCGCAUUCAUGUACUGGAGAAUGCAUUCUUUAGUGUGGUGUGAAGAUUUUACAAACACUCUUUACAAGUUUUGGCAAUAAUUAUAGAUCUCAAUAAAUGAUGAUAGAGUGAUCGAGCAGUUGGUUAUAUCGUACAAUUCAGAUAAGAUUUAUCUCCUCGUUCUCGAGUGGUGAAGACAUUUUUCUGGUGUGUUUUCGUGCUUGUUUGAUCAAACUUUAUAUAGUUCUUGUGAAUCACAAAGCAGUUUGUGGCAAAUACCAGUUUGCCUCUGUCUCUUUCCUUUACAAAUGUGAUAUCUAAAAUAGCUCCAUGGUGGAAAAUAAUGCAGAAAUGAACCUCUUCACGAA